AUGGAUGGAUACAGCCUAAAGAGCUUCCGUGCUAACCUGGUGCGGGAACAGCGCGGCAUAGCGGGAGCGCAGGCGCUGCACACCGAUGAGGCACCGAGCGGCGGCGGCGACUGGUGGGUCCACGAGCUCGCUGCUCCCGAGCCGGGCUGCCUGCUGCUCGCGCAGCCGCACGCGCACAUUGUCGUCGAGGAGCCGCUGAUGCACCGGGCGGUCGUGCUGGUGCUGGAGCAUGACGCGGCCCGCGGGACGGUCGGCCUGCUCCUCGACACGCCGGCCAACGCGACGGUGAGCCAGAUGCUGCGCCGCCGCGCCGAGCCGAGCCCGCACCUCCUCCCGCUCGGCGGCAACCAGCUGCUGGUGGGAGGGACGGUGCUGCCGCGCGAGAGGCUGCGGGUGCUCACCUCGCGGUGCGACGUUCCGGGGGCAAGGCGCGUCCUCCCCGGCCUGUACUCGUGCGCGCCCGACGCCGCCGCGCGGAUGGUCGCCAUCGGCGCCGCCGACGCCGCGUCGUUCGACGUGUACGCUGCGGCGUGCCAGUGGUCGCCGCUGCAGCUGCGCGAGGAGCUCGAGGCGGCGCUGUGGCUGCCUGCGGCGGCGAGCGCGGCGGCGAUCGCGCGGCCGCGCGAGUGGCGGAGGGACGGCGUCUACUUCAACCUGGUCGAGGGGCUCGGCGGGCAGUACCUCAAGCAGGCGCGCCGUCGGGGAUGCCUCUGGGCGCGGGCGGGAGGUGGGGUGCCGGCGCUGCUCGCCCGCACGGAGGAGGAGGUGAGGUCGUGGCUGGCGACCCGCUCCGCCCUAGCGCCCGGCCUGCUCCGCGCCCUCGCGGCGGACGUCCUCUCCGCGGAGGAGGCUGGCGCGGGCGGGAGGAGGGAGGCUGGCGGCGGGCGCGAGGCGCGAGGGGUGGAGCCGCCACGGCCAGCGGUGACGGCGGACGAGGUGUCGUUUCGGCUCCACGCGCUGCUCUACCCUCGCGACAACCUCACCGACGUUCCUCGCUCGCCGAAGAGCGCGCUCCGCCGCCGCUCGAGCGAGAGGGCUGGUGCCGCUUGGGCAGCCAGCGGGGGCUCCUCCCCGCCGGGCGGAAAGACAUCGCUGAGCGGCAGCCCGGCGCUGCGCGUGCUCUCUGCCGCGGCGGCGGGGCGUGUGUCUCAGGAGAACGCGCUGCACGCGAUCCAGCUGCUACUCUUCGACGUGCUCGACUUCCACGCCGCGCCCGAACCGACGCCGGAGCAGGCGUCGCUCCCCGACCUGCUCCGGAGGCGCGGCGGGGCGGCGUCGCUCUUCUCCCUGUGUGUGCUCUACGCCACCCUCGCGCGCAAGCUGGGCGUCGGCCUUCAGCUCGUGCGCCUCUCCCCGCCGCCGGGGCGGACCCUGCGCGGGCCUCCCUUCCUUCUCGCGCUCGGGCCGGCGGAGCUCUUCAUCGACAUCCUCGCCGCGGGCCGGCUCCGCACGCUGAGCGACCUGGCGCAGUUCCUGGACGGCGGCGACGGCGACGGCGGCGCGGUGGGCAGGCUAUCGCCCGCGCAGCUCCGCGCGGCGGCGAAGCCGCUCGACCAGCGCGCAGUCUGCCUGCAGCUCGUCCGCGAGUCCGAGGCCUCGAGCGCGAGCGUGGGCCGGCUGGCGCACGCGCAGUUUUGGAGCGCGCAGCGCGAGCUGCUCGAGGCCUACCUGCGAGAGUGAGAGACACGGCGUGCCCCGUGUGUGCACCCGUGUGCCGCUGCCACACUGUUGCCCGAGCCUCGCCGCCGUCUGCGGCCGUCGUCCGGGGGGCGGGGCCCGCCCCGGGUGGCGGGGGGGGUCGUGACUCGUGUGCGGUGACCGGUGUGCCGGCGGUGCGGUCAUAUGCGCGUCCGCGCUCCGCGGGUCGGGGGGUCGCUCGUCGCGUCGUCGGUCGUCUCCCCGGUCCCGUCUCGUCGAUGUCCGAUACUAGACUUCAGUGAGAGCACAGAGGCUCGCCGAAGGCUUUACGGCAUAUA